AUGAAUCACCUGAAUUUCUGUUUUUCUCGGCCGCGGCGGCAGGACGAAGGAUUCGAGAACGAAGAGAGAGAAGCAGAACAAAAGGAGGAAGAAUUUCCCCGCCAAAUGCUUUACCGCCCGUGCCUGUCCUGCUUCGGGGUGCUUUCCCUGGCUGCCGCCGUUCAGCACGUCGCUCCUCGUCUUGGCGAGUUCCUUCUGCGCCAGCUCGACGACGUGCACUUGCUGCGUCGUGGCAGCGUCGACAGUCGCUGCGAGCGCUGGGGGUGGAAAACGGCGAAAGAGUGCCUCGCCACCUCCGCUGUCUUCGGGCUGUGCAUCACGGCGGCGGUGGUGUCAGGCGGCGGGGCGUUGCUUCUGGGCCUUGGAAUGACCCACAGCGUCGUCUCCGCCGGCCGCCAAGCGGUCCCGGUGAUCCGCAAGGGCUGGCUGAGGCGGAGGAUGAGCCGGAGGGGGGGAAACGCCUCCUCGGCCGCGGCGCCGUCGUCGUCGUCGUCGCCGGCCGCGCAAGGCUUGGGCUUGUCUCUGCGGGGGGUCCUCGCCUCGAUCAGCACGAUCUGGUCGUCGCCGAAGGAGUGCACGGAACGGCUGGCGUUUCUAUUGGAGGUGCUGGCGGCGACGGUUUGCACGAUGCACCUCGCACGAGCCCCGGCCGCGGCCGCGGCGGUGGCGGCUGAAAACUACCCGCGGUCUUCACCAACCCGGCACGGCGACGAAGCGGCGUUGUUAGUAGAGGGGGGGAAAAAGUGCGCAGUCGUCGCGACGAAGUGGACCAGCAGGGCCCUCGUGUGCGCCUGCUCCGUGGCCGCGUGGGCGCCUCUCCUGAUGUGUUGUCUCGUCGUCUUCGGCCGCCGGGAGAGCUCGGAAGGGAUCUUGGUUGCGGUGCUCGUCGUCACGGCCGUCGCCCUGCGCAGUUCCCGCGAGAUGUCCUGGCGAGGCUUGAUGCUAGCGUUUUGGGUGGCCCUGCUUGCCGUCCUCCUCAACGCCGCCGCGCUGAAGCUGUUGCAGCAGAACAGGGUGUUUCACCGGGUGUUUUCCGACGAAGGAGGAAGGGGCUCCAGGGCCCCGUCUCUUACCUGGGCAUCCUCAGGGCGACGGCUCAGCUCCGGGAGGAGAGGAACGUUGCGAUGUGAACGGCGAGAGUAAGAUUGGGUACCCCUCCGUAAGGGCCGGGUAGCGGCGGGCGGCGGCCAAUCAGAUGGCGCCAGGAGGAGGGCGCUGCCGACUGUGUAAAACAUGUAAAACAAGGUACCUGAUAAUGAAUGGCCGGAUUGGGGCCGGGUGUACCCGAUUUUGGUCACUCCUCUUCAUUAUUUAUGUAUAUUAUUUAUUUUUAUUCGCUCUCCAUUAUUAAUAAAUGUUAAUAGACUAUAUCUUCAACUUCAUUAUUUAUUUGUUCUCCUCUUCUUUCCUUUCUUCUUUCCUCCGUUCUUGUCUUUUUUUUUUCCCCUUUUUUAUUUUCUUAAUAUGACACAAAGAGUCCAUCUCUAUCAUAAAAAAGAGUCAGAGACAGAGUAACAAUGGAAUCAUAGCGUCAGAGAAAACUACCUGUGUGUCUAUAAUUUCCCAGACAGCAUAUAGGGACAUCUCCUCUGCGGGUAACAGGCUCAACAAAUCAGUUUGGUAGCUGUCUUGUGUGUCUCAUAUAUGUUAUGUUGGGAAGGUGCAGACGAAUGAUGUUGGGUACUGUUGGGUAGUCGGGCGUUUUGUGUGUCGCACCCUGUUAGUUGUAGGACAUGCAAUCUCCAUCAGUUUACAAACGUAUUUUCAGUUUGGUAUGCAUAUGUGCGGAGUAUGUGUGGCUGAUUCCAUCUCUAUCAUAGGAAA